AUGAGUGUUAUGAAUUGCAAUGAUAGUUUGAAAAAUCUAAUCGAGAAGUUGAUAGAUUACUCAAAAACCGACGGAUCGUUGAUGAAAGGCGUUAAAAGCAUUGAUGCUGAUAAAGUGACUGGGACGUCUGGGAACGACGCACAGGUGUACCAGACUGAAAAGUUGCUGCUAAAUUGCAUUACAUACAUAAAAAAAUUCAACAGCGAUAUAGAUACAAACAAGCCACAAAACAAAAAAAUUAGAGAGGCACUCAACGAUCUUAAUUACAAGCUGCGUGACAAAAUAGACACUGCUCGUAAUGUUAUAAAAUAUGAGACUGAGCGUUUGACCAAGUUGUCGGCAAAGGAGUCUGACGAUUUGGGAACAAUGAAAGAAUUAAUAUCGACAAAACUUGAAAACGUCAAAAGCUGCGUGAAUGAUAAUAUAGAUAAAGAUGUAAAAUUGUUGGCGGACAGAUUAAAGGAGGCGGUUAAAAUAAUUUUGGUUUUGCUUGAAAAAAUUGAUACGAAUUUGACUAAGUAUGUUGGCGAAUUGGAAGCAUGUAUCAAUAGUGCGGACAGUAUGAUUAACAGUGCAAUGGAAGGGAUGCAGAAGAUGGAAAGAAAAGAGAUUGGCAGAUCGCAACUAACGAAUUUACACGUCGACUGA